AUGAUGAGUAUAUUGAAACCGACAGUUCUGGAAGCUAAUCGGGACUUAGAAGCAAUUAUCUUCGAUUUCCUCAGCAUGAAGGAUUAUAUUGGAGAACGCGAAGCGUUUCCUCGAAAGGUUAUGAGUGCAGUAUUCGAACCCAUAAAAAGCAGUGUGCGAGCAUUUGGAAAUGCAGUAACAGCAGUGCCGGAUACUGUUUACGAUGGAGUGACUCGUGUUGGUGACGGCCUUAACAAAGCGGCCAAACAGAUUAUCAGUUUUCAGCCGCAGCAUAGUGCGAGUGAGAUGCAGCGAGGAGAGGAUGAUUCGAGUCGUGUAGCAGCUAUUUAUAGUGACCAGCAGUGGAUGGAAAGCAUUCCACUUCGUGUUCUUGUUCUUUUGAUUGGGGAAGUUUUUGGAGUGCGGGCCCGAAAUGCAUGGUUUCGUCGCCGAUUGGUGGCGCUUUUACAUCAGUUUGUUCAUGCGACUAUGGGUACCUCGUUGAAUCGCAAAAUCAUCGAUAUAGUGCAGUGGCUGACAUCAAAGCAGCAAGUGGCUCAGUACCUUAUCGCAUUCAGAAAUGCGCUUUGGCCAGACGGGCAACUGGCGGAGAACAGCGAGUGUCGUUCAGAGAGCGAGCAAAUGAGAACGCGAGUUUUGGCCAGAGCUUUGAUGUUGAGUGCGCUGCCUGACGAGUUACGGCUAUUUAUAGGCACCGAAACGACGAAUGUGGGAAUCGGAAAUAUAUCGGAGGCAUUUCAAAACAGUAGGCUCAACCGAAGAUUGCUUUACGUGAUUUUUGAAAGACUUCUUGUGACUACCUUCCCGGACAAUCAUUUCGAAAAAAUACUUCCACAACUUCACGCCAAGAGCCCACGUGCAAGACCGUUUCAGAACUAA